UUGCCCGACCCCGUGUGCUGCCCUCGUCUCCUCCCGCCGUCCGUCCCCGCGCAACCAUAUAUGCCCACCCUCCAACCUCGCUUUCCUCACCCAGCUCGCUCCUCCUCCUUCCUCCGGCACCUCAACCAGCAAGAAGCUCGCUGCGAACUUCAUCUUUGCUCCUUUGCUCGAAGCUCACCUCCACUACACACACAUAAGCCAUGGCGGCUUCAGUAGCCUGCUCCUUCUUCUUCUUCGACGCGGAGCCGGUCGACGAGCCCGCCAUGCCCGCGCAGGACGCGUGCGCGCUCUGCUCCAAGCGGCUCGCGCGCGACAGCGACGUCUUCAUGUACAGAGGGGACACCCCCUUCUGCAGCGAGGACUGCCGCCACCACCAGAUGCGGCUCGACGCCAGGCAAGCGGCCAAGUCCGCCGCCCGGAGGCAGAAGCACUUCUCGUCGUCGGCAACGGCGUCCGGGCGCGGGCGCCGGGAGUCCAGGGAGGUGCCCGUCGCCAGCUAACCUGCGAGAGUGCCAAGCUGCGUACAUAAUCUGCGUGGGCUCAGCCGCAGCUCGAUCGGCGUGCUCCACUCCAAGUGCCGGCGCCUGUGUCUAAUGGUGAAGCCGUGAAUGCUGAGCAUGAGCUUCUUUCCCGGGGUUCACCAAUCUGCGCCUAGUCCCAGCUUUUGAUUACAUCCUCUUGGUCUUGGCCUCUUGGGUAGCGUAUGAGCACUCCGGCUGUGUAAUUCUUCGAGGCAAUGGUACAAAGUGCUAUGCAGUUGCCAAUUUUUGAGCGAUAUUACAUCUCGUUUACUCCU